CACACAGUCACUGACACUGAGAGGAGAAAUGGCGCAGAAAGGAGUUCAGCUGGACCGAGAAACCUUCUCUUGUUCGAUCUGUUUGGAUCUACUGAAGGAUCCGGUGACUAUUCCCUGUGGACACAGCUACUGCAUGAACUGUAUUAAAAGCUUCUGGGAUGAAGAGGACAAGAAAAAAAUUUACAGCUGCCCUCAGUGCCGGAGAAACUUCACAUCGAGGCCUCUGCUGGAAAAAAACACCAUGUUAGCAGUUUUAGUGGAGGAGCUGAAGAAGACUGGACUCCAAGCUGCUCCUGCUGAUCACUGCUAUGCUGGACCUGAAGAUGUGGCCUGUGAUUUCUGCACUGGAAGAAAAAUGAAAGCCUUCAAGUCCUGUUUAUUCUGUCUGGCAUCUUACUGUGAGAAGCACCUUCAGCCUCAUUAUGAUGUGGCUCCAUUAAAGAAACACAAGCUGGUGGAGCCCUCCAAGAAGCUCCAGGAGAACAUCUGCUUUCGACAUGAUGAGGUGAUGAAGAUGUUCUGCCGUACUGAUCAGCAGAGUAUCUGUUAUCUCUGCCCUGUGGAUGAACAUAAAGGCCACGACACAGUCUCAGCUGCAGCAGAAAGGACUGAGAGGCAGAGAGAGCUGGAGGUGAGUCGACAAAACAUCCAGCAGAGAAUCCAGGACAGAGAGAAAGAUGUGAAGCUGCUUCAACAGGAGGUGGAGGCCAUCAAUCAGUCUGCUGAUCAAACAGUGGAGCACAGUGAGAAGAUCUUCACUGAGCUGAUCCAUCUCAUCCAGAAAAGAAGCUCUGAUGUGAAGCAGCAGAUCAGAUCCCAGCAGGAAACUGAAGUGAGUCGAGUCAAAGAGCUUGAGGAGAAGCUGGAGCAGGAGAUCACUGAGCUGAAGAGGAAAGGUGCUGAGCUGAAGCAGCUCUCACACACAGAGGAUCACAUCCAGUUUCUACACAACUACCCCUCACUGUCAGCACUCAGUGAGUCUACAGACUCAUCCAGCAUCAAUAUCCGUCCUCUGAGCUACUUUGAGGAUGUGACAGCAGCUGUGUCAGAGGUCAGAGAUAAACUACAGGACAUUCUGAGAGAGGAAUGGACAAACAUCUCACUGACAGUCACUGAAGUGGAUGUUUUACUGUCAGAUCCACCAGAGCCAAAGACCAGAGCUGGAUUCUUAAAAUAUUCAUGUGAAAUCUCACUGGAUCCAAACACAGCAAACAAACGUGUGUUAUUAUCAGAGGGGAACAGAAAAGCAACACGCCUGUGUCAACAACAGUCUUAUUCUGAUCAUCCAGACAGAUUCACUUAUUGGAUGCAGGUCCUGAGUAGAGAGAGUCUGAGUCGACGUUGCUACUGGGAGGUGGAGUGGAGUGGGGGAUCGGGUUAUGUAGCAGUUGGAUACAAGAAUAUCAGCAGAGCAGGGAGUCGGACAGAAUGUAAUUUUGGACGUAAUGACAAAUCUUGGGCAUUAAAUUGUGACAACAACAGUUAUACAUUUUGGUACAACAACAUCCAAACUCCUGUCUCAGGUCCUCGUUCCUCCAGAGUAGGAGUGUACCUGGAUCACAGAGCAGGUAUUUUGUCCUUCUACAGCGUCUCUGAAACCAUGACUCUCCUCCACAGAGUCCAGACCACAUUCACUCAGCCGCUCUAUGCUGGACUUAGGCUUGGAGAGACUGCUGAGUUCAUUAAACUGAAGUAGACUGAAGUCUUUCAUAUUGUUGUGGGUUCAAAUCUGUAUUUUAGUUUCCAUUUUAUUUUCUCUGAAUCAUUGUUUUGACAUUUCUGAAAUAAAUAUAAACACAAUAAAUCAAAUUUGAAAAAAGUUUUUUCUUCUACAUUGAUUCCAGGAUCUCACUCAAAAUUGGUGGAGAAAAUGUGAAUCUCAAUGACUAACUGAAAUAGUCCUCCUGAAACACUGCAAAGUUAGGAGUUCAUAUUUUCAACUUUCUUCAAAUGGCGUCAUAAAAUAGAAAGAAGUCUCUUUGCUUUACUUGAUUUUGACAACAAAGACAGUUUUGAUGUAAUGAUUCAUCACAGGCAAAGUUACUCCACAUUUUUAAGCACUGAACAAAUGACUUUUCUUUGAUGUGUCUCAUUUGGAGAAGUAGCAGAAAAUAGAUAUGGCAAUAAAUAAAUAGAUGCGUGAAAGCUUCAAGGCAUUUCUUGUUUCCAGUCUUUCAACAGAUUGAAUUACAUUUUUUUAACCAUUUAAAAAAAUCUUUUUUUUAAAUGCAAGAAAAGUUGGAUAGUAUUAAAAUGAUCUGCACUAACAAAUAUCAAACUUGAUAAUAAUAAAAGC